AUGGCCGACCACGAGCAAGAUGAAGCCGACCGCCCCGUCAAGCGCGUAAAGCUCUCCGGAGACGAGGGCGCCACGCCCGACGCCGCAAUGACCGAUGCGCCUGCGCCUGCGCCUGCCGCAAAGACCACCGCCAGCUCCGCCGACAGCGAACAAGCCGAGAAAUCAGCACUGGAGGAGCAGACUGACAAGGAGGAGCGCUUUGGUAUCACCGCCUUUGCCAACACUAGCAUCCCUGGAUUCUCGGGCAUUCUGAAGCAGCGCUAUGUCGACUUCAUGGUCCAUGAGAUUCUCCCCAACGGCCAAGUGUGUCACCUCGAGGACGAUAUCGGUAUGACUGCUGUGAGCGCGAAGAAGGAGAGUGGAGACGAUGCGGAGCCGGAAAAGCUGUCUGGGGAGCAAGCUGAGGAAGCUGCGAAGCUCUCUGACGAGAAUCUCGACACUCUGCACAACAUCUUCGGCGAAGAAAAGACGCGGGGCAUAACGGGCCUGAACAAAGCCGCUCUCAUGAACCCAAGCCGCAAAGCUGCGCAGUUCAAGCCCAUCUACUCCGACCCUGUCACCGACAAGAUGGCACGUCAACGCGCCCACGAAUGCAUCCGCGAAAUCUUCGCUGGCCGCCUCGUUACCUCGACCCAGGACAACAACGUCAUCAAAGUCAGUGCAAGAGGAAGGGCCGGGCAGAAUGGUGGCGAUAACAGGAGCAACGGUCCUCGUCGCAAGACCUUUGACGAAAUGGGCGGGGACAACCUACACUUCACCUUGUACAAGGAGAACAAGGACACCAUGGAGGUGAUCAAUCAUCUGGCUGCGCAGUUCAAGACUAUCCCUAAGAAGUUCAGCUUCGCUGGAACCAAGGAUCGCCGCGCAGUCACUGUUCAGCGGAUCAGUGUCAAGAGGGUUCGUCCAGAGCACGUGGCGCACAUUGCACGCGGACUGUUCAAUGCCCGCAUCGGCGCGCUUUCAUACCAGCCCAAGGACAUCUCUCUCGGAGACCACAGCGGCAAUCAGUUUACCAUUACGCUUCGUGACUGCCACUUCCAGGGUGAGGACGGCAUGGACUUUACCCAACGCCUGGAGCUCGCCAAGGAUAUCGUGGCGAAAUCCACUGCCGCAUUCCAAACGGAGGGCUUCAUCAACUACUUUGGACUUCAACGCUUCGGUACCUACGACGUGAGCACAGACAGUAUCGGAAAAUACAUGCUGUCCGGAGACCUCGAGAAGUCUGUCGAUUUGAUUCUCGCGUACAGUGAUGAAGCCUUGGCCGCGGCACAGGAUCCCGAGACCAAGGCCCGCAUCUCCGAGGAUGACAAGAAGCGUGCUCUCGGGCUUCACAAGUGGAAGACGGAGAGGAACGGCAAGGCGGCGCUCGACCUGAUACCGUUCCGUUUCUCUGGCGAGCGCGGCAUCAUCAAGCACCUCAACACGGUCAGAAAAAACGGCGAGUCUUACGAGAAUGACUUUCAGGGCGCUCUCGGAACGCUGCCCAAGAACCUCCGUGGUAUGUACGUUCACGCUUACCAGAGCAUCGUCUGGAACGUGGCAGCAAGCGAGCGCCUGUCUCGCCACGGUGCGAAGGUCAUUCCCGGUGAUCUCGUUCUCGUAUCGGAGCACAAAGACAAGGAAGCCAAGAAGGAAACGGAAGUCCUCGACGAAGUCGACGAGUACGGAGAGGUCGUGAUCAACCCACAGGGAGACAACGCCGCUUCUGCAUCGGGCGACUUCGAGCGGGCUCGUGCACUGACGGUCGAGGAGGCCAGCAGCGGCCUGUACUCCAUCUUCGACGUCGUCCUGCCGCAACCCGGCUGGGACAUUGAAUACCCGAAGAACGACAUCGGACAGUUUUACUCGGAGUACAUGCUCGACCCCAAGCGCGGCGGCGGCGUCGAUCCCCACAACAUGCGGCGCAAGUGGCGCGACAUCAGCUUGCCGGGCGGCUACAGGAAGCUCAUGGCCAAGUCGCUCGGGGCGGUCGGCUUCGAAAUCAAGACGUACAGGUCGGACGAGGAGGAGCUGGUCGAGACGGAUCUCUCCAAGCUGGUCAAGGAGGGAAAGUCGGUCACGCUGGAAGACACGAAGAAGAAGAUGAUGCGCGCAUACAGCGAGAGGCCUGCCGCGGCCCCGGCGGACGCGGACGCAGAGGAGAAGAUUGCUGCCGUCUUGACGUUCCAGCUGGGUAGCAGCACCUACGCUACCAUGGCGUUGAGGGAGCUGAUGAAGGGAGGCACGGAGGCUUACAAGCCUGACUUUACUCGCUGA